UUCUCACGUAUGUUGCGCAAAAAUUUAAAGUGACUAGACUUCCAAUGAGUUCGGACAACGUUACUUCCUCAACUCUUCCAGGUUCGUAUUUGCUAGCUCGAAGACACUUACAAUUGAGUCGAGCAAAGCUAAAAGCAACUAGUCGAGUGUCUGCGUUGCUAGCUGGUUUCGCUAUGGUUGCAAUCAUUGAAUUGCAGGUUGUCGUUGGUGAGGGUAAACCACCCGAAGGAUUGUUGUUUGCUUUCACGGUUCUUUCAUGUCUUCUCGUUGUCGUGCAUAUCAUGGCUGUAAUGAUAAGUACUUGCAUUUUGCCACAUAUUGACUCAUUCACGGUCCCUCAGGAUUGUUAUUUGAUUGAAGAGGCACCACACAACAGAUUAAGAACAUUUGUUGAAGUUGCGUGGGUAUGCAGUACUGUUGUUGGCAUCAUUUUGUUUUUAGCUGUGGUAACUUUAGCAUGCUGGGUUAAAUUUUGGUCUGUGAGUAAUCUAUCUGCUAUAGCCGCAACAAUUGUUUUGAUACCAGCGAUGCUCGUUUUCGUUGUCUUCGCUAUAUUGUUUUAUCGUACGCUUACUACCUACAAAGUGGAACGAGCGACAGAAAUGAUUCGUGAUAUUGAUAUGCGCAUGUCCUUUCUUAGAAGUGGGGUUCAGAAGAUAUGUGAUGAAGAUAAUAAACAGCAUGUUUAACACUGUAUACUUUUCGAACCUUUUCUAAUCUAUGCUUCUAUUGUACUGCCUCCUUGUGUUUCUAGGGAAAUAUGGAUUAAAUAAUAUAAUUUUAUAUCUUA